GCAGCGCAGACGUGGGCAGAGUGUGGGGGUAUAGGAAGAGGAGAGAGCGGGAGGGUAGGUAGUAGUGUGUGUGAGGCUGUCAGACAGCAUGGUCUGGGUCUGAGGACAGCACAGGAAGACGCAGCAGCAGCAGCCUCCAGAUCUCCAUGUAGACCAGUGUGGUGACAUCCACAGCUCACCUGGACCCGUCCACCCGUCAGCACCCACCCAGAGCAACACCCACCUCUUUCUGAGAAACAAGAGGAAGGAGAGGAGGACGAGGGGGGUGGGUCUGUUUAUCUUCUUUUUUUUUUUUUCUUUUCUCAGUUUUUUGGUCUUGGGAGUAGGCUCCGGGCUGGACCGCAUGCAUGACACAACGCAAAGGCGAGAAACCCACCAUCAGCAUCCAGGAGCACAUGGCCAUUGACGUGUGCCCUGGCCCCAUCCAGCCCAUCAAGCAGAUCUCCGACUACUUCCCCCGUUACCCGCGGGGCCUCCCCCCUUCUGUGCCCCACCAACUGGUGGCCUCUACCCUUUCCGGCUCCGCGGCCGCCACCUCUGCCACCGCCGCUGCCGAAAGUGACCGCUCCAAUGAGGAUAAACCGGACCGGGCUUGUGCCGGAGCCUCCGCCUCCUUACAGGCCACCAAGAGGGACGAGGAGCCCGACGUGGAGGGAUACGACUCAGAUGACUCCACUACACUGGGGACCUUGGACUUCAGUUUGCAGUAUGACCAGGAGAACAAUGCACUGCACUGCACCAUUAAUAAAGCCAAGGGGCUUAAGCCGAUGGACCACAAUGGGCUUUCCGACCCCUAUGUCAAGUUGCACCUACUGCCCGGAGCCAGCAAGGCCAAUAAACUUAGAACCAAGACCCUGCACAACACACUCAACCCUGUCUGGAGUGAGACCCUGACCUACUACGGCAUCACCGACGAGGAUAUGGUCCGCAAAACACUCAGGAUUUCAGUGUGUGAUGAGGACAAAUUUCGCCACAACGAGUUCAUCGGGGAAACGCGAAUCCCCCUCAAGAAGCUGAAGCCCAACCAAAUCAAAAACUUCAACAACUGCCUGGAGAAACAGUUACCUGUCAACAAGACAGAAGACAAAUCCCUGGAGGAACGAGGACGCAUCAUGAUUUCUCUCAAGUACAACACCCAGAAGUCUUGCCUGGUAGUGGGCAUCAUACGCUGUGCUCACCUCGCCGCCAUGGACGCCAACGGCUUCUCUGACCCCUACGUCAAAACGUACCUGAAGCCUGACGAGAACAAAAAGUCAAAGCACAAGACUGCUGUGAAAAAGAAGACGCUCAAUCCAGAGUUCAACGAGGAGUUCUGUUACGACAUAAAAUAUGCAGACCUCACCAAAAAGACCUUGGAGGUAACCGUGUGGGACUAUGACAUCGGAAAGUCCAACGAUUUCAUAGGUGGUGUAUCUCUAGGUAUCAAUGCAAACGGAGAGAGGCUCAAACACUGGUUUGACUGCCUUAAAAACAAGGACAAGAAAAUUGAGCGCUGGCACACGUUGACCAAUGAAUUACCCGGAUCAUUAAAUGACUGAAGACCCACAUCCUGUCGUCCAACCUGUUGGCCCCCGUCCCUCCCCUGGCUGCACCAGAUAGGACUCCUGCCUUCACUGUCCUUACGCCUCCUCCCAGCUCUUCUUCUCUGGAUUUUCCUCAUGUUGGCCACAGCGACCUGUGACACCUCUUUGGGAAUAUAUUUCCUCUCAACAGGGCUCAGUUAAAAAUAUCCUUGCAUUUGUGUUCACAUGUACAACAGGGGGUUGCAUGGCUGCUCAGUUAUUUUUCUUUUAAGAGAAAUCAAAUCCACAAAAUGAAUCACGUGGAUGGUAGUGUUGAUUUUUAGGCUUCAUUAUUCUGAUUUCCUGUUUGAUCAGAGUAGAUAAAAAGGAGCAAAUGCUUUACUUUUGAUGAGAUCUUUCACAGCAAUUCAAAAAUUUACCAAUGAUUCAACAGUCCCUGAAACAGCACAAACAAAUCCGUCAUACAGUCAUCUUGGUGGUGAAAGAGCGGAGAAUCUAACAAAGGAUGUAGCAACAUUUUCAUACUGUCGGAGUCUGCAGGAAUGCUGAGUGGAAUAGUUCUCAUUUCGAUAUCUGAAGAUGUUGCACUUUAAUAUGAUAGUAAAGCUGUUAGGUAGUGAAAGUCCUGUUGUUCAUCGCCCAUGUGAAUGGCUCAAAGACAACGGGCCAACUUCAAGUAGUUUGUAGAGAAACAUGGAGCAUUUAUCCUUUAGUGUGACUCCUACUGUACAAGUUAAGGCCUCAGUAUGCUUCACACAAACCAGAUCGUACAUUAUGGAGUCUGACUGAGACUGUCCUCCAAGAAACUAGGGCUGCCCCUGACUGAGAAUUUUCUGAGUCGACCAAUAGUCAUCAUUUAGGCCCAUUAGUGGACUCGUCUCCCGCAUGUUUACCAUAUUAAUUUAAUUAUUUUGGGCGGGGCAGCACAAUGGUUUGAGUUCAAAGUCUGAGAAAGAAUAGUAUAGUAUAAGCAUACCAUCGACAUUCCCGAGGUUUUUGUGCCUAAACCAAACCAAACAUUAACCAUAGUGAUGUCACAUUAGAAAACAUACUUGACCCCAAUGCGAAAAGCCUGCCAUCAUCGCUUUCCCCUGGCCAGGGGCGGAGCCAUAUGUUGUUAACACUGGGGCUCAGCCUGGGGGCAUGCUCCCUCGAUGGAAUUUUUCCCCAUUUACAGCAGCUAUAUGCAAUAUUUUUCAAGCCUUUUGAGACAAAAGAAUGACAAGGGAAAUUUGGGAAAAGCAUGAUAGUUGCCAAGGAAAGAAAAUCUUCCUGUGGAGCCUACAUCCUAUUUUGUAUUUAAUUGUUCUCCAACUGUCUUCAUCAUUCUGAACCAUAACAGACCAAAUAUUGACUAAUUCUCACUCCUGCCACCUAAAAAGAGGCAAAAACUGUCUGAUGAUACUAUUUUUAAAUUACACAAGAUGGGUGGGAAUUUGGCGUAAACAGCAUUAAUCUUAAAACAUAUUCUCGUUACACCACGCUGGAGUCCGCCUCUGCUCCUGGCUGCAUCCCACAGCGAACACUUCCAAACUGUCUCUGCUAGAGGGCAAUAGUUGUGUUGUACAUGAUAAUAGAAACAAAAAGUUUUAAAAAACGGUUGUGAGAAGAAUAAAAAAAAGAGAGCAAAGACAGCUUGAGAGAGAAAGUUCAAAUGCUGCCUCUGGCUUUCAGACUGAGAACAGUAUUUCAAUAUGCUGUGGUGGUGGUGGUGGUGGUGGUGGGGUUUUUUAGGUGUUGGUGAGAUAAUGAAAUUCACGAGGUUCAGUUCCAAGGUAUAUAUCCAUGAAUUUAAAGGCUUAAUAAACAUGGAAACACUGCACAGUGGCUUAGAACAUCACAAAAAAGGAUGUCACGUCAAUCACAAGGCAAACAGCAGAAAUACGGUGUGUCCAUUCUGGCUUUGCGCUUGAUUGAAGUUACAACUUCUGCAUAUUUUAAUAAGUUUUAAGAUGACCCUGAACUUUUUUGAUGGAGUCUUCUGUGUGGACAUCCCACUGCCUCAGCAGAAUGGCCUCCCUCCCCUCUGUCUGCAGGCGUUCAUAUGUAAGACUGUCUGAGAGCUUUUCCACCAUCGAGGUCUCAGAUACUGGUACGCCAGUAAUUACGUUUGAAGUAUACUGAGGUCUUCAGUCCUCUUCCCAGUGAGCUGCGGAGCAGUUUGUUGGAGAGGACAGAGUAUCAUAAUCGCACCAACAACACCAAACAACACUAAAUCUAGUUCUCAAUGGUUAUAAGAUGUUUGCAGAUGAUAGCUAUAAGUUCAGCAUAGACGAUUUUUUUUUUAACAACUUAUACUCAUCUGUAAAACUGGCAGCAUGUCACGUUACCAAAUUUCUGUCCAUUGAGCAAACUCUGUGAUACAAAAAUCAACUUUGCCUCCUAAAGCAACCCAGUCGCUAAAAUGAAUGUUGGCAUUGUACAUUUCUGCAACCCAGUGAUAAGUUACUUUUGCACGUUAUAAUGUAGCAGAUACACUGAAACUUUAUUCUCAACAGUGCUGUGGUUAACAUGUUCUUGGGUUAUGUUUUGAUUAUAGCUACGUAUAGAUCAUGUUUUGGCUUAAAAUACUCUGGUUUUGGUGGCUUAAAGGCUGCUGGAAAGGCACCAACGUCUUGGUACUAUCCCUGGUGGCAUGAUUGUAGAAAACCAGUGUUGCACACUCUGGUUCCCUAUGCAUUUCUUUAAUUUUGAUGACGUUUUGGCUUUUGGGCCUUCUUCAAGAUCAACAAACAUACUGAGACACAGGUACACUGAUCUGCUGAUAUGGACCACACUUUUGUUACACAGCUGAUGAUGAUUAGGUGAUCAUGCCACAGCAUUAGGUUGAGCAAAUCACAGUCACAUACAGAGUCACACAGCUGACAGUGGUUAAUGAUGCCAAAGCAUUAGGCAAAAAAAAACAACAACACAAUUUUGAGGCCCUCAACAAAUCAAGACCUUUAAAGCAAAAUGUUGUCAGGAGCUACAGCUAAUCGAGUCAUCAAAACAAAUGACAGCCACCACAUAUUCUACCACAUUUCACACUAUCCCUGGUGGCAACACGGUGACCAGUGGCUUACAAAGACUCACAGUUAUUGCCUUAUCUGCUGUCUGCUGUAUACCGUAAAAGCCAACACAUUCUCACUCUGACCUUGUCACAUAUGGACGUCUGGUCAUGGACUUUCCACGUUCUAAUACGAUGUGAAAGGUACCCUGGGUGCGUUGGUUGUUGACGUUCCGGGACACCGUGUCAAGUUCUGCCUGUUACAUGCAUUGUCUUCUUUCAAAAUAAAUGCAUUACAUCAGUGCAACACCACAAACUGACGUUUUUGUCCUGCAACAACUAACACACAUGGUUGGGUUUAGGAAAAAAGAACAGGGUUUCCUUUAUAAUCUUACAGGAUGCGAACACAGCUCUCUCGGGUGAAAGUCGUUGUUUGUUGGACCCAUCCACCACUGUACUAUAAUGGUGACCAGCCACUUAUCAUGUCGACGUUGAGAGACGGCUUUUUUCAUCAGUGUCCGACACUGCAAGUCACUGCCCACACACUGGAUUUCAACGACUUCGGAGUGAGACCGGGUUGUAAAAGUAGUAGUCUCGCUAAAAUCCUAACAAUACCCAUCCCUAGUCUGAUGUUGAGCCCUGAGGCUCUGCUGUGCUCUGUGGCUGGCUUCCAGGUUUCAAGGCACUAUGUGGCCCUUCUGCCUCUUGUCUGAACCCACUGUUCUUAUCUAGAUGUGCUGGUACCGACAUUUGGCACCGAAUGAAUUUAACAUGAAGUGGUGCACAGCAGCACCGACAUCAUUCAGUCGGUACUCUUAAAAGUACCCACCGUUACUAUCCACCACCCUCUCAACUAUCCAAUGACAAUGUCAGCUCAUCUACUUCUUCACUUUAGAAAUGUUGGUGUGAUAUGUAUAAAAUGUACAAACGUAACCUAUUGAUGGUUUCCAGAAACUUACAAUCCCACAUUUCCUUCUGGUGACUGGGUUGCCUCAAGGCUACUUACAGCAAGUAUUCACAAACGUUUAAAAACACCGAUGCCCUGUGUCUCUCUAUAGGCUAAUCACUAUGAGACAAUGCUAGGUGUCAAAGCACCACUUACUCGGAUUACUCACUGGUUUUUCAGUGCAACUCCUGAUCUAUAGAGCUGCCUAGUUUUGUGGUAAUCCUGAUGUCAAGACUCCACAAGUGUUUCAUCCAUUCAGUCACUACAACCAGACUUGUUACUUACAGUGCUAAAGCAACGGGUAGCUACAUCAGAUAUGCAUUUAGAAAUUCAAGUAUAACUGGGGAUGAAUCAUGGGUACAAGGCCACAGCGCUGUUUUCAAUCAGAUAGCUGUCUGCCUGUGGUCAGAAGUGAUUUUUACACUGAAAGCUUUACCGAGCUGGGCUUCAGACUGCAAGGGCAAGAUGGAAUUUCUCUCACGCAGAGGCACAGGGAGCCAACAAGUGCAGUAAGAGCAUAAUGGUGUAAUAGCGGCAUUGAAUCUGUGAUUAUUCCAGAGCUGGAGAGGGUUAUGAAUACAAAAGUAGAUCUCAUAUGCACCUGAUGAUUCAGAUGAUCAGGGGAUAAUUUCAGCACUGAGGUGAAAGCUUUGACUGUACACUGCGAUCACAUCACACAGUCUGUAUGGAGGGUGGAGAGGCCACUUGAUAGAGACCCGCUGUAAUCAACAACAGAAUGAGGUUCAGUGGCCGAGCAGCCUGGUCUGGAAAUCACUUGUCGAACCACAGCACCACAUGAUUGGGCAGCUCUAUGGUGUGUGUGUGUGUGUGUGUGUGUGUGUGUGUGUGUGUGUGUGUGUGUUGCUUAUUGUUUACAGAAAAAGUACUUUCCACAAAAAACUAGCUGGCAGCAUUUUCAGACGUAAUGUGGCUGAAAAUGUACCUGAGUCAUUCUAUAACUGAGGGUACAUUUCAUGUCCUGUGAUGAUUAUUAUAUAUUUUUAAACUAUUUUCUUCAAAAUACCAUAUUUAACAGAUUAAGGGAAAGCAUAAUAUAAAAUCUUAAAGACAUUUUGUGCACUCAAAGGCCCUCGUAUGUCAGUCUAUCAUACAAGCCAACGCAGAUCUGACUGCAGAAAUCAUCUUACAGUAGGAUUCAUGAAACGUUCUUUUCUCGCCGAUCAUAGCAUAGGAAUGAUGAUAAAUGCUACUGCUGAGAACAAUCGUCAUUUAAGUGUUCUGUCCCAAUAUAUUCACUGUUAGGAAGCCUUGCCCCUAGAGUUUACAAGAUGGAGAGACGUAAUAUGGCCAAGAAACUUGUGAGUUUCCUCCAUGGGGUGGCUGGGCUCAACCUUAGAGCCAGAGCUCCGACAUCUGGAGGGAGCUCGGAGUAGAGCCGCUGCUCCUUUGCGUCAAAAGGGGUCAGUUGAAGUGGUUUGGGCAUCUGAUCAGAAUGUGGCCUGGACACCUCCCGUUGGAGGUGCUUUGGGCAUGUUCCACUGAAGCCCCAGGGCAAACCCAGAACACGCUGGAGGGAUUACAUAUCUCAUCUGACCUGGGAACACCUCGGGGAGUGGCUGGAAAGCGUUGCUGUGGAGAGGGACAUCUUGGGUGCUUUGCUUGGCCCACUGCCCCUGCGACCCAGUCCCAGAUAAGAGGAUGAAAAUGGAUGGAUCAAUCGUAUAUAAAGAUAUUUUGUGCACUCAUUGGCCCUCAUUUAUCAAUCUGUCAUACAAACCAACACAGAGCUGAGUGCAGAAAUCAUCUUACGAUAGGGUUCAUGUUUGAACCAUUAAAACGUUCUUAUCUGGCCGAUCAUAGCAUAGGAGUGAUCUGAUGGUGAUAAAUGUGGUUGCUGAAAAAACAGUUGUCAUUUAAAUGUCCUGCCUUGAUGUAUUCUCCGUUUAGAGGCCUCACCCCAAGAGUUUACAGCACAGAGAGACGUAUACAGCUGAGAAACUUCUCUGAAUGAAAACGCUGACGUACCAGGUCAAAUAAGCAAAGUAUCAAAGGACAUCAAAGGAAGUCAAGCGUUGCAGGGGACAAUUGACCUUGAGCCUGGGAAAUUUAAUGUAAUAUUUAAUUGGUUAGGAUUCUGCACAGCACACUGAUGCAUGACUAGCUACAUGACAAGCUAUUGGGUAACAAGCAAAAAAAAUCCUUUUUUUUUUUUUUUUUUAAAUGUGAAAUGUACCCAAAAUUAUAAAGUGACUCACCUGCUGUUUGUCAAAAGGGCCGUAUUUCAAAAACAGAAAGUUUACGUCAAAUAUUUAAAAAAAAAAAAAGGAAAAAAAAGAAUAAUAUCAAAAGCAUGUAUUGUUUACAACAGCCUAUUGUUGCUGACAUUUGCUGCUGGAAGGGCGAACACGCCUGUCGCUAAAUUCACUGCGAUUAUUCAGUCGUGCGAUGCAGACUGUGCUGAGAUGGUCCAGGGUGAGAAGGGCAGAAUUUUUUAAUAUACUAGCUGUGUAUGUAUAUUGUUACGUAUCUGUUGAAGGGUUUCUUUUAUAUAAUGUAAGCAGCUCCACUAUAAAUGUAUCAAACAGAAUGUACAUGUUUAACCCCUUCUAUUCCACAGUAGACCCUCUGAGAAUGUGCAGCGUAGUGUGUUGUUGAUAUUGUUCAUAUGUCAAAUCUCAGGCUCUGUAUUUGGAGCACACAUAUCUGGGAACAGAGAUGGUUGAACCCCGGAGCAAACAACCAGGAGCUCCGUCACUCAAGUCAGAUAACAAAUUUUACUUUCUAGCCUGUUGAAUUAUUUAUGUUUUUUCUUUCUUUUAAUAAUUUAUGUUACAGUUUGAUACCCCGAGUCCCUGUGCAGCCCUAGAAACUUACCAGGACUGAAAACCCCCAACUUGAGUUGCCCUCAUGGACCAGUAGGCUGGAAUGCAUGCCAUGUAUUUGUGAUUUUAUGAGUUUGAUCCCGCAGUAUGACCUUUUCUGCAUGCCCCUCCCCCCACACCCAAACCCACCUUGUUGUAAAUUCCCACCGUGCACUGACUGGUAACACAGAAUACGGCAUACAAAUAGUCCUCACGUUAACGUUCAGGAUUCCUGUCAGGCUUGCAAUUCAGCUAACAGCUUUUUGUCAUUACCUCACGUCACUGUAAGUGAUAGGCCGGGCAUGUUUGUUUCUAGGAGCAUGUCGAUCCUGUCAGUGUGACUGUUUUUAUAAUCACAUCAUUUAUUUAUAAUCACGAACAGCCCCAAAGUCCAUUCGUUGUAUCAUUUGACCCUUUCGAACCCCAGUUUCAUUGUUGACGCAGUGUUAUUAAAACUAUUACGUCGCUUUCACACUGUCUUCUGUUAAAUCCGAAGAAAAUUUGAUUUUGACAAAUGGCAUCACACCUUCGAAGCCAGGGAAUUAAAUGUUUAAUGCAUUACAUCGGCCCUCACGUUCACAGCCUCUUCAGCCACAUCGAUUUGUGAUGCACAGACCGGCUGUGAAACCUUGUUGGCAUCUCAAUAUAAUCCUUGACACAACAGUGAUCCCUCUCUCUCUGAUGAAUAUGUAAUGAAUACAACCGACAUGUGAUUUUGAUUUUGUAAUCUGUCUGCCUUUGUAUGCAAGCUCAAUAUUAUGAAAAAAAAAAAACACAACUGCAUGCGUAUGUUCUUGGUUUUGUCAUGAGAUGACUUUGCCUAAUGUUUGAUACUGUUUUCUGUAUAAAAAAAACAAACUACACGACUGUGGAUGCUCUAAGAUUAUGCUAUAAGUCAGUCUUUCUUCUGGACAACAUUUUGUACCUUUGAACACUAUCGCAUUGCCUGUUUGGCUGCUGUAUUGACUAUCUGGAAGCGUGACUUGAUGUGAAUUAAAAUCUCUCCUUUGUUGUUUUGUUUCCUUUUUAACACUCAGGCACUUGUUUGCAUUCUUCUGGUUUGUUGAAUGUAUGACUAUAAAUGCAUUGUCUCUAAUUAUAUUUUAGUGCCACGCCAACUGGACGGUUAUUGUGCCUUUCCUUGUUUCUAUUUCUGUAUUAUUGCUUGCAUGCUUUUCAAAGAAUAACCAA